AUGAAGCUAAGCCACUUUGAGGGCCUCUUUGGCCACGUGCAUCAGUCGAUAAGUGAUACCGUGAGCACGGCACGCAAGCACAUCUUCCCGUGGACCCACAAGGAAGUUGCAAAGACACGCAAAGAGUCACCACGUUUGACACCGAGUCAGAGGCGACUGGCGAUCGGUGCGUCAGUCGUGGUGGGCGCACUUACCACCUACACUACUCUGUCCCGUCUCUUCACGCUUUUCGCGCGGCGGCGGUGGUGGCAACUCAUUCAGCAGUGCGAGGCCCGCGAGACGGAGCUGUUCCUCUUUAUCCUCCCUCGCUCACCUUGGGCUCCAAGUUUGUCGCCAGCCUGCACGCGAAUGGAGGCGUUUCUGCGCGCUAACGGGAUCCCGUACAAGGCAAUUGAGACCAUCGACCCACUCGGAGCCCCCAACGGCGAGCUCCCUUUCCUCAUCUACAAGCGCCAGCGCAUUGACCAGCUCCCCAAGAUGAUGGAGCUCAUAACGUCAGAGUUCAACGUGACCAUGGAUGACACACUCACCCGUGAUCAGCGCGCCAUGGGGGCUUUUCUGCGACGUACGCUGGAGUACAGUGUAGAGCGUUUCCUCUAUCGUAUCGUCUUCAUUGAUCACCCGUCCCUGGCGGUGGUGCAGGUUGCCCGUGCACUGCACAUUUCCCAUCUGCGCGCGCGACUCGCCGUGCACUGCUACGCGAUCGAACUCAAGAAGAGGCUUGGCAUCACAGCGUACGGCGCGCUUGCCAGUGAGCAGUACGAGAACGAGUUUUUGCAGGACUGCGAGGUCAUAGAGGCACAGAUUGGCUACAAACGGUACUUGUUCAGCGACACCAACAUGACGAGCUACGACUGCGCCAUAUACUCGCUGCUCGUCCCCUUCGCUUACCUGGGCGACCACACGUUGCUGAGUGCCACCUACUCGACAGUUGCGGGCAGCACGGUGCUGAUGGCAUACAUUACUCGCAUAUCGAAGCGGUUGUUUUCGGACACCAGGUCAGGCUUUGAUGUGGCGAGGAUCUCCUUUGCCGUCUCCAUCCCCUCUGGUGUAGGCGGGGGCGGUGAUGAGACAGUAGUGGAAUCGGGAGAGGAGGAGAAGAGGGAGGUGGUCGCGGACAAGUCACAUUGA